AAGCUCGAGGAGCUGGUUCGAUUUUCGAUGAAAGAUGGAACAGUGAUGCGUACGUACAGUACCAAUAGUAAAUUACUCUGCAAUGUGUAAUGGAAAGACAGCUAGUGCACUACAUUCUUCCUUCCUGUUCCCGCUUUGCGGUGGGUUGAUUUGCCCAGACCAGAUUCUACCCUCCACACAGAAGAUUGCUCCGAUCAUUUCACGCGUUACACACCGUCGCCCGUUGAGACCUGUCCGCGUUCCUGGAAAGCAAUUGUACUCAUACCAGUACCCUCGUCAGAACUGGCCACGAGUUUCGCGUGGUAUUCUCGAAUGCCAAGGAUGAGACGCGGUCCCAGCACAAACAUCUGAAUAGGCUGGGCAAUUUGAAGAAUACCGAAAUAGAUCAUGUUACUUGUCGGGGAAGAUGAGUACAUGAGCGUCGGAGACAGUGAGCC